AUGCGAGGAGAUACCGGAGUUAACAUGACCCUGGGAUGGGUGCUGUCUGGACGGAGUGGACCGAGUGGAGCGGCUGACCAGAAGGAGCAUGCCCAAAACCAGAAAGUAUUGCAAGAAUACCACUCAAUUAUCCAAGAUCAGCUUGAACAGGGCAUAGUCGAAGAAGUUAAAGACUCUGAAGUAGCCCCAAGAACAACUCACUACCACGCAGUGAUUCGACAGGAUAAGGAGACCACUAAGGUGCCCGGCCAACUAAAAGGAUGGUUAAUUAGCUUGAUAGGCAGGAUCUACGACCCGGUCACCAUACGCUUCAAAGUUCUUAUGCAAGAGCUAUGUAAGAAUAAGUCAUUGGAUGGAGACCUGCUGAGCAAAUGGACGAAACUGGUGGAGCAGUUGAGAGGGGCACCAACGAUCACGCUACCGAGGUGCUGCCUCCAAGGUCCAAGGACUGUUGUGUACCUUGUGGAAGAGGACGAAGGCCUUGCAUACCCUUUCUUUGUUGUAUCGAAGACUCGAGUGUCCCCGUUGAAACUUGUGACCAUACCAAGGCUGGAAUUGCUGUCAGCUGAAUUGCUGUCAGCUGUAUGCUUGAUCUCUAACGUCACUGGAGACCCUAUCUGGAAGAUCGAGAUUAGCAGAACCAAGAUGCUUCACCGACUCACAAGUCGCGCUCUUUUGGAUCAUAGGCACUGGGAAGGACUGGAAGCCCUUUGUUCAAAAUCGGGUUGAUGAGAUUCGAAGGCUGACACAGUUCGAAGGCUGACACAGAUAGAAAGCUGGAGUCAUUGUCCUGGGAAAGAGAACCCUGCCGACCUUCCCUCAAGAGGGUUGACGCCGACAGAGCUGGUUCUUAGCCAAGUAUGGAAGUAUGGACCCGAUUGGCUCAAGAUCCCUGAAUCUCCACGUAUCACCCCUUCAAUAGAGAAUAUCCCAGAGCCCUGUCUCAAGUCCUCCUCUAAAGUUGAGCGAUAGUCUGCUGGCCACCCCACUGCCACAUCGCAUCAGCAAUGUUAUUGAAAUCAAAGCUCAAUCCACAAGCUCAUUCGCGUGACUGCAUACGUCAUCAAGUUAGGAGAGCUGACACCCCUGAACUUACCGUAGAUGUACUUUCCAAAGCAGAACGAUCGUGACUGUCAGUGCACCUUUGAAGAAAACCCUAAAUUCACCACUUGGAAGACACAGCUUGGCUGGAUGACGAUGGAAUUUGGCCGAUGUGGUGGAAGGUUGAAAAAUGCUGACAUCUUAUUCUCAACUAAACACCCUGUGCUUCUCACCAAGCAGCAUACCUUUACGACACUUCUGGUUCAGGCUGCACACCGAAGAGUCCAGCACAAUGGAGUGAGGGAGACACUUGGUGAAGUUCGAGUCAAGUAUUGGAUUAUCAACG